CUCUGUCAAUGUCAAGGAAUGUAUGGGUUGAGGUUAUGUUGUUGUUUUUGAUUUCAAUAUCCAAUAUCCUUUUAUUUUGAUUUGAAGUGAUGUCUUAUUUUCAUGAUGAGUGAAAUUGUAGUAUUAUAUGAAGGAUAUUCAAUUAAUAGUGGCAAAGAUGAGGUGAUUGCAAACUGCAGUUGUACUUUAGUAAAGGGUCCUCAUAAUAUAAUUGUGGAUACUAUGACUUCUUGGGACGCUGAUAAAAUUUUAAAAGCAUUAAAUCAAUGGAACAUUACUUCGGAUGACAUAAAUAUUGUAGUAUCCACCCAUGGCCAUUCAGAUCAUAUAGGAAAUAACAACCUUUUCAUGAAAGCUAAACACAUUGUUGGGUUUAGUAUUUCAUUUAAAGAUAAAUAUUAUUUACAUGCAUUUGACAAAGGUGAAGAAUAUAUCAUUAAUGACAGUGUAAAAGUCAUACCAACUCCUGGCCACACCCUAUCAGAUGUUACAGUUCUUGUACACUCCAAAGAUGGUGAAACAGUUGCUAUUGCUGGAGAUCUUUUUGAAAAAUUGGAAGAUAUUGAGAAUCCAAAUAUAUGGUUGGAAGCAGGCAGUGAUGAUCCAGUUGAACAAAUGAAACAUAGAGCUAAAGUUGCAGAGAUGGCAGACUGGAUUAUACCAGGUCAUGGACCACAAUUUAAGGUGACUAAUAGAAUAAGGGACUUAUUAAAAAAUCAAGUAAAGGAUACACCAUUGAUCAAGAAGUGAUAUAAGUUGUUUUAAAUUUUCUAUUGUUAUAUGUUAGUCAAAGGAAAUAUUAGCAUUUUAUUGCAGGCCACAAUUGUAAAUAAAAGCAAAAUAUUUCAAAAUUUAUUUAAU